AAAUAUUUUCUAGCUUCAUUGUUUUUUUUUUUUGCAUCUGAGAACUAUUCUGACGUGUUAGCUACGAUUUUCUGACACAUUUGAAGAUGGUUUGCGAAAAGUGCGAGAAGAAACUGGGGCGGGUCAUCACUCCUGAUACCUGGAAAGAUGGUGCUAGAAACACGACAGAGAGUGGUGGGCGAAAGCUAAAUGAAAAUAAAAUGCUGACCUCCAAAAAAGCCAGGUUUGAUCCUUAUGGAAAGACUGGUUUUGCCAUCUGCAGAAUAUGCAAAAGUUCUGUCCAUCAGUCUGGUUCACACUAUUGCCAGGGAUGUGCAUACAAGAAAGGAAUUUGUGCCAUGUGCGGGAUAAAGGUUAUUGAUACCAAGAACUACAAACAGACCUCAGUUUGAUUCAUUCUAUGUUCUUGAAGACAUCUUGUAUUUGGUUGUGAUAGGGGUGUUUGUGGAUGAUUGUGUUCAUUUUUAGUGCAGAGGUAACAAAGGAGCAAUUUGCAGUGUUUCGUGACUCUGAAAGUGUUGAGAAAGUGGUGCCCUGGUUCAUAACUGUUAUGAAUGAAGGGCAUAUGUUAUUGGUAUUUCUGUCCCACUUAAACAGAGCAAUAUUUUGGCUUGUACUGUUUGGAAAAAUUAGAAGUAAAUCUGUUUAAAUAAAAAUGUCUGAAAUGUGCUCAUUAGUUUGGCAUUUCUUAGGCAAAUUUUCUAUAAGUUAUUUAUUCUACAGAACAUAACAGUAGUUAGACAAUUCAGACCAACCAAUCUAUUGUACCCUGAAAUACAGUCAAUUCACAUUACAGCAAUUUAUAGCCCCUUUUUAAAACUUACAUGGCCAUUGGACCUUACCAACCAAAAGUAGACUUUGACAUUUAAAUGUCAUUCCUUCCCCCAAGUCAAGAACAUCUUUUCUAUCAUCUCCUUUUACAUUGCUUUAAAAUGUGUUUUUUCCCUAGAUUUAUACAAGUCAGUGUAAUUACUAGAGCAUCGAAUGUAAAAAUGAAGACAAAUAGAACAAGUACAUUAGGUCAGUGUAAAAUAGCAACAGGUUUAGUGUACAGUGAUUUUGACAGCCUGUUUAAAUUUCUUAAUUGCUGCAACAGUGUCCACAGUGGCAUCUGUAUGUUUUGUUGUUUACUUUUAAAUGAUAAUGUGGAUUUUUAGAAGUCUCCAGAAUCCAUAUAUUGUAUGAAAUAAUAUUUGUAGACAGUAACUGCUGUGAAUGCUCUUGUAGUCUGUUUGAUUAUUUGCCAUAUUUUAAGGGCAAGAAGGCAUAGCAAUACUUAAGAAACUUUAAAAUAUUAUUCCCUUGAUAUCUAUUAAAUGAAGAAUUGUCUGGGACACCGAUUACAAUCUGGACAGUUUCUUAAAGUCUGUAUAUAUACACACAGUAUACAUUUUUUUUUUUUGCUAAAUAAAAUUGU